AUGACUUUCGGGUUAGCGCAGUGCCCCAGCCCCACCUCUGAACAGGACAGGAACACGCCCCUCUGCGCCCGCUGUGGAGCAGGGGGGCGGGGGACUCAGAGCGCAGCGGCCACUUUCCGGGCUGCCGCGGCUCUGCCAUCUGUCACCCUGGCCCUUCUCUGUUUGGACGGUGUCUUCCUCUCCUCGGCCGAAAAUGACUUUGUCCACCGGGUCCAGGAGGAGCUGGAUCGCUUCCUGUUGCAGAAACAGCUAUCCAAGGUCCUCCUUUUCCCCCCAGUCUCCAGCCGCCUGCGGUACCUGAUCCAUAGAACAGCAGAGACUUUUGAUCUCUUGAGCAGCUUCUCUGUUGGGGAGGGCUGGAAGAGGAGGACCGUCGUCUGUCACCUGGACAUCAGGGUACCCAGUUCAGAUGGCCCCUCUGGUCCCUGCUGCCCUCCUGCCUCCCAUCCCAGCAAGUUCCGUGGUCCCCGGUACACCUCACAUCAGGGAGGAGCUGCUGGUUCUCGAGGUGUUCCUCCUGGCCGGUGGCAUCGUGGAUGGAAGCUGAAGCCAGAUCAACCUUUGUAUGUGCCCCCCGUGAGACGCAGGCAAGAUGAACCGGUAGCACCCUCCAUCCCAGGCCUCAGGGGAGAGGCCCCAGCUGGUGGAGUUUCAGAAGAGCCUAGGGGGGCUGGGGACCCUGAAGCUGACCAGGCAGUUCCCACGUUGGUGACUCUGGGAACCGCGAAGAGCACUGAUUCAGGCUAUGCAAAUCAUUCACAGCUGGAGCUGGUUGACCCUGAGCCCUCCCAGAAUCCUUCUGAGAAGGAACAAGGGGUGGAGAGAGCCAUGCAGCAGGGGUCCAGCCCACAGCUGGCCUUGGAGGAGGAAAAUAGGAGUCAGCUGGUGCAGAGUCUGGUGGACCAAGAGGAAAAGGGAGAGGGAGAGGAGAAAGAGAAGGUGGGUCAGGAAGAUGAGGAUGUAGGCAAGCAGAAAGGGAAGGUGGAGGAGGAGGAGGAGAAGCCGGCUGAGCAGAAAGGGAAGGUGGAGGAGGAAGAGAAGGUGGAUGAAGAAGAAGAAAAGAUGCAUGAGGAGGAAGAGGAUGAUGACACCCACCAUGACUAUUUCAACGAGCUACUGCAGGAGAUCACAGCAAACCUGACUGAAAAGGAGAUCGAGGUAGAGAAGAUCCACCUAGACACAUCCUCCUUUGCAGAAGAGCUACCUGGGGAGAGGGACUUGGCCCACGUGGUGGAGAUCUAUGACUUUAAGCCAACACUCAAGACUGAGGACCUGCUAGCCAUCUUCUCUGAGUUCCAAGAGAAGGGGUUCAAGAUCCAGUGGGUGGAUGACACUCACGCCAUCGGCAUCUUUCCCUGCCAGGCCUCAGCUGCUGAGGCCCUGGCCAAGGAUUUCUCCAUGCUCAAGAUCCGGCCUCUCACACAGGGAACUAAGCAGUCGAAGCUCAAAGCCUUGCAGAGGCCAAAGCUCCUGCAGCUAGCGAAGGAGAGGCCACAGACAGAUUCGGCGGUGGCCCGCAGGCUGGUGGCCCGGGCCUUGGGACUCCAACACAACAGAAGGAAAGAGCUGCCUGCUGCCCCGAGUCUCCUGCCAUCUUGAGGCCCCACAGCCAGCUGUCCAGACUAGGCUGGGCCCCAGCCAUGCCUUUGAUGACCCAAGGACAGCCCCCGCUGGAGCUGCUGUGGGGCACGGUAGGCUUUUGUUGAGCUGGUCCCAGAAAUUGAGAAGAAAUAAAAAUUUAAGGUUGUGUUGAUUGCA